AAUAUGGGCGGAAAAAGAAGCGAACUGUGAGAAAGAGAGACGCAAAGACACAACAGCAAUGGCGGACGAGAAGCCCAAGGAAGGUGUGAAGACUGAAAAUAACGAACACAUCAACCUGAAGGUUGCGGGACAGGACGGCUCGGUGGUGCAGUUCAAAAUCAAGAGGCACACGCCGCUCAGCAAACUGAUGAAGGCCUACUGUGAACGACAGGGACUCGCGAUGAGGCAGAUCCGCUUCCGGUUUGAUGGACAACCCAUUAACGAGACGGACACACCUGCUCAGUUGGAAAUGGAGGAUGAGGACACAAUUGAUGUGUUUCAGCAGCAGACGGGAGGCAAGAUGUAAAGCAGUAUUGAGUUCCCUCCAUCCUUCCCUCUAUCAGUCGUUUGUGCUUACGUUUAAACCGUCACAGCAAAACCACGGACUGAAACACGGCUGCUCAGAUCCUCACGGACAGUGUUUUACUUUCUCUCUCUCUCUCUCUCUCUCUCUCUCUCUCUCUCCUUAAAGCUGUUAUAUGGAAACCCCCCUCCCCCUUUUUUUCCUGUUCUGACCCAUGUGGACCUGUGACCAAGAAACCCUAAAACCAUGUUGAUCAGGGUGUUGUAUGUUGGCUUUUUUUUUUGUUGUUUGUUUUUUCUCCAUUAUAACUGAACGUCACCGUUAAAGAUUUUAGUUUUUGUUUUAUUUACUUUACAGCUUUUAUAUCUUUUAUAAAUGUAGUAGUUCUCUUUUUGUACCCUCGGUUUUAUUCAGCCACAUGUACAAUGUGCAGUGUUAUAAGAGAGUGAGGGUUUUUGUGUCCAAAUAAAACAGUUGUAUAAAAUUGACCGUGGCCUGAGGUGUGAGUCCUGCACAUUAGUGUGUGUGUGUACAUGUGCUGAUUAAUUGUCCAUAAUGAAAUAUAAUGUGUAAUAUUGUGAUUUACAUCACAGUGCUGUUGAAUCCUGGAUUCUGAUUGGUCAAAUGUCUCCCAGUUACAAAACGAGCAAAUAAAUGAUCUCUUUAAAAA